UCCUGCCAACCAACCCUCUUGGCUCUUGAGAUUUGGCUGCCCAAUUUCAAGUAAGGUCUUAUCAUGGUGAUCAUUCACAUUGCUUAUAGAUUGGUGGGAAACAAAUCUUUAUGUUUUUUUUUUUCUUUUUUGUUGUCCUCUCUAAAGUUGCAGGUUCUGGAAACCUAAAGGCUCAUGGUUAGUGACCAGAGAUAACAGAACCAUUGCCUGCCUUACCCACAAGUUCUAACUUGGAAAACCAAAAGAUUGUACUUCUGUAAAAUUGUCGAAGAUAUAUAAACCCACAAAAGAAAUAAUAAUUAGUUAAUCAUAUUCAUCGCCAACACUCCGACCCCUGCUAUGCACUGAUCGUCUCUGAGCAGGGGCGGGUUACCCGACCAUGUGAACCUAUGAAAAUAUUUGGGGUCUAAUCAAGAUGAUGAAUCUAUUUUAAUCGCAAAGGUUGGCUUCUCCGAAUAAAUGCUCAUUAUUAUCAUGCCAGUAAACUCGUGAUGUGAGAUUGACAUGUUAAUAAACGUGAUUGACGGAUAUUUAGAAAGUACAUAGGAGUUUUAUUACUAAGUGCAUAAAAAUUAGCAUCUUAUCAUAACCUCAUUGCACAAAUGUGAAGAAAAUAACUAUAAAGGUAUCGAUUCAGGAAGCAGGUAUCAACAUCAACGUCAUUCAUGGCCAGCUCAGCUUCAAAAGGAGACUAGUGUCUGAAACCAGUUUCUCGAACUAUUUACUCGUCUAAGUCAAUUUAAUUUUCCUUUACAAGCCUUCAAACAAAUCGUUCAACCAAAGCCCAUAGCAUAAUUGAAGUUUAAACAACAUCCAAAAUUUCCAAAAACUUUCUUAUCUUAAAAAAACAAGGUAGAGAAAGACCAUUCAUGGUAAGCGUCUAGUUUAGUUCAUUUGCAGUGAAAACUUUCAUACAAGGCGGCUAUGGCUGUGGACAGUGCUCCACUUCUCAACAUUUAUGGCAAUGAUAGCGACCAAAUAGAAAAACCUGUCAGCUGGUUUAACGAGUUCGGAUAUGAGUCCAAGAGGUUAUGGCAUAUUGCAGGGCCAGCAAUUUUCACAGCAAUUUGCCAGUAUUCAUUGGGAGCACUCACACAAACGUUUGCUGGCCUUGUUAGUGAGCUAGACCUUGCUGCGGUGUCCGUUGAGAACUCUGUCAUAGCCGGUCUUGCUUUCGGUGUCAUGUUAGGAAUGGGGAGCGCGUUGGAGACACUAUGUGGUCAAGCAUAUGGUGCUGGGAGGCUAAGGAUGUUGGGGGUGUACAUGCAGAGAUCUUGGAUCAUUCUGUUGACUACAGCCUGCUUAUUGGUUCCCAUCUACAUUUGGUCACCUCCCAUUCUUGAACUAUUCGGAGAGACCACUGAAAUCUCCAAUGCUGCAGGUAAGUUUGCUGUGUGGAUGCUACCGCAAUUAUUUGCUUAUGCUAUGAACUUCCCUAUACAGAAGUUCUUACAAGCUCAGAGGAAAGUCAUGGUAAUGGCUUGGGUAUCAGCCCUGGUAUUAGUGCUACAUGCCUUUUUCAGCUGGUUUCUAAUAUUUAAACUUGGAUGGGGCUUAAUUGGAGCAGCAAUAACUUUAAAUACAUCAUGGUGGCUUAUAGUUAUCGGACAGUUGUUAUACAUUUUUAUUACCAAGUCGGAUGGUGCUUGGUGUGGUUUCUCAUGGCUAGCAUUUGCGGAUCUCGUUGGCUUUGUCAAGCUUUCAUUGGCUUCUGCUAUUAUGUUAUGCUUGGAGUUUUGGUACUUGAUGGUGCUGGUAGUCAUAACAGGUCGCCUGCCAAACCCUCUUAUACCAGUUGAUGCCGUUUCCAUUUGCAUGAACAUAAAUGGAUGGGAUGCAAUGAUUGCAAUCGGGUUCAAUGCUGCUAUAAGUGUGAGAGUAUCAAAUGAACUUGGAGCUGGGAACGCUUGGCUUGCAAAAUUUUCUGUGCUAGUUGUUUCAAUCACAUCUGUGGGCAUAGGGGUUGUUUGCAUGAUUGUGGUGUUUGGAACGAAAGAUUACUUCCCUUACCUCUUCACCAACAGUUAUGCUGUUGCUGAAGAAACCACCAAGCUAUCUAUAUUGUUGGGGUUUACGGUACUCUUAAACAGCCUCCAACCGGUCUUAUCAGGUGUUGCUGUUGGAGCUGGAUGGCAAUCUCUUGUUGCUUACAUCAACAUUGGGUGUUACUAUGUUGUUGGAUUACCUGCCGGCAUACUCCUGGGAUUCACAUUUGGUUUUGGGGUUUUGGGUAUUUGGUCAGGCAUGAUUGGGGGCAUUGUUAUACAAACCUUAAUCUUGAUAGUUGUCACUUCACUUACCAACUGGAACAAGGAAGCUGAAGAAGCCGAAGGCCGUGUGAAGAGAUGGGGAGGAUCAACUGGAGAGCAUUGAUAUAAAAUGUGUUUGAUUAGUAGUUUAAGCUGUUAGAAAAUUUAAGAAAACAGAAGUAAUAAAAAAGAAGAAAUAUGACUUUGAGGUAUGAAAAACAUUAUCUUAAAGGCAAUUAUGCCUAUAAGAUAUAACAAAAUCUUCAAAAACUUUCUAAAUUAGAAGUAGUAAAAUUAAUCAGAAAGAAAGAUCUAUUUAUAAUAAAUAAAUAGUUACUAAUUAAGUUAAUUCAAAA